AUGGCGCCGAUAUCGCUCUCCCUUGGUAACACUAUCGGAGCUGCCUUCAUAGGCAAUAUCCUUGCGGCAUGUCUUUAUGGGUUGACGACCUUGCAGACUUACGUUUACUAUGGGAAGAGCCGCAAAGACUCGGCUACGAUGAAGAGCCUCGUCGCAUUUCUAUGGAUUCUCGACACUGUUCAUCUGAUCAUGGUCACGCAUACUGUGUAUCAUUAUGCUAUCACGAAUUUUGGGGAUUUCUUGGGUGUGCUGAAACCGACGUGGAGUGUGCUGGCCCAGGUCAUUGUGACGGGUGUAAGCGACGGAAUUAUCAGAGGAAUUUGGAUAUUGAGCGACAGGAACCGUGUUCUCUGCUCAAUCAUCGCCAUCACAUCUGUGGUCAGCUUUGGCUGUAGUUUGGCGUAUCCGAUCAAGGGGUUUUCGUGCACCAGCUACGUUGAGCUGCAGCAAUUCGCGUGGCUUUUCUACUUCAGUCUGUCGAUGAUCUUUGCCGCCGACCUCAUCAUCGCUGCGUCGAUGUGUGCGUUACUUGCAAGGCGGAGAAGCAGCUACUUCGGCGUGGAUCAAACGAUUCGGACCCUUAUCCUGUUCAGCGUGAACACUGGAGUAGUAACUACCCUAUGCACAUUGAUGGCACUCAUCGCAUAUGCAGUGUCCCCCCACACCUUCAUCUAUAUCGCCUUCUACUUCUUGCUUCCGAAGCCUUCCAUGCAUAGAUCGCAUGUGGAGGGGAUCACAGCCCAAGACGUCAGUUCCAGCGAGCACUACCGCGGACCUCACAACCUCGCGCUACCUGCAGAAGCGAAGCGCUCGGAGGCGGGCGCAAGACGCAUCGCGCUACACGAGGACGCCAGUGUGAUUCAUAUCUCCGAGAGCAUGCCACAGAAACUAGCGCCAGCCUGGUAG